AUGGCCCGCAGCGGGGCGGCCUGCGGGAGCGACGCGCGGCUGCUGCUGGGCCGGGACGCGGUGCGGCCGGCGCCCGCCCUGCUGGCCCCCGCCGUGCUGCUGGGCGCCGCGCUCGGCCUCGGCCUGGGCCUCUGGCUCGGCUGCCGCGCCGCCCGCCCGCGGCCACGACAUCAGGUAGAUGACGCUCAGAGUCUGCUCAAGAAUUUGGAGUCUAAUGUGCAGACCCCCUCGGAAACCGGCUCCCCAUCCAGGAUGAGGAAGAGAGGAGCACGGACUUCAAAGGAGGCAGAGGCUCCGGACGAGCGCGAGCCGUCGUUCAGCAGCAACAUCACCGCCUUUGCACUGAAGGCCAAGGUCGUCUAUCCCAUCAACCAGAAGUUCCGGCCUCUGGCCGACGGUUCCUCCAACCCGUCUCUGCACGAAAACUUAAAGCAGGUUGUUUUGCCCCACCAGCCGGUGGAGGCGUCGCCCUCCGGCAGCCUGGGGAGCCUGAGCCAGGCCGAGAAGGGCGAGUGCAGCUCUUCCUCCAGCAUCCACUCGGCCACCAGCGACGACAGGUGCCUCGGCCGCGCCUUCCUGCGGGUGCGCUGCUUCCCCGAGGCUCUGACCUGUGAGAGCGCGGACCUUGACUUGUGCAUCUACAACCUUCACUUAAAGGGCCUGCUGCAGCUGGACACGGCGCUGAGGCAGGACGAGCGCGUGAUGUUUAUUCAGAUUUUUAAAAUGUGCCUCCUUGACCUUUUUCCAAAAAAGAAGUCUGAUGAUGAAUUCUACCAGAAGGUUCUUUCAAAACAAGAAAAUGACUUAGAGGAACUGGAAAAGGGCCUUCAGGUCAGACUGUCAAACACAGACGUGCUGGGCGCUGGGGACUCUGAGUACAUCACCCUGGCGGGAGUGGAAAAGAAGGAGAGAGAAUAUUCUGAGCAGCUCAUAGAUAACAUGGAAGCAUUCUGGAAGCAAAUGGAAGACCUCCAGCACUGCCUCGUGGACCAGCUGAAGUGCUCCAGCCCCAAAGCCCGGCAGCUUGGGAUGAUGGUGGCAGAAAGAAUGAUCUCGGCCGAAGGGCUGCUGCAUGACUCCCAGGACCUGCAGGCUCUGGACAUCCUGGAGAGAACAUUGGGCCAGGUGCACAUGGCAAAGACGAUCGAGUUCCUGAAGCUGCAGAUCCAGGAGGAGACCAGGUGCCGGCUAGCCGCCAUCUCCCGCAGCCUGGACCUGCUGACCGUCCAGGGCCGGCUGUCCGGGCGGCAGAAGGAGGAACUGUUGACCCAGCAGCACAAGGCCUUCUGGGAGGAGGCCGAGCGCUUCAGCAGGGAGUUCGUCCAGCGAGGCAGAGGCCUGGUCCAGGCGGCCCGGGUGCGCCAGGAGGAGGGGAUGGCCGAGCUCGCGCUGGCCCAAGCCGACGCACGGACGAGCCUCCUGGCUGCUGCGCCGCUGACCGCUGACCCCGAGGAGCUCCUCCAGGCUUUCCACGAGGUCCUGGAGAGGCAGCGGUGGGCGCGCAGCGACCUGGAGGAAGAGGAGAACCUGAGAGCCACCGAGGCGGUGGCUGCGCUCUGCCAGGAGCUGUACCGCAGCACCGUGGAAACGUUCCAGACGCUUGCGGAGGCCCUGUUCCUGCACACGCUCCCCGGCGUGACCGGCCUCUCGCAGGCAGAGUGUGAAUACUGGAGGCAGGAGGCCGGGGAGAACGCCGCCCUGCAGCUGGGGAAGUCGGAUCGCUUCCGGAAACAGCAGUGGACACUCUUCCAAGAACUCCUGGAACAGGAAAAGCAGGUGUGGAUGGAGGAAUACUCGCUGUCCGCCGUGCUGCAGGCUCACCUGCGGGACCACCACGAGAGCGUCCUCCACCGCGUGCUGGGCCAGCUUGGUGGCCUCAGUGAAGAGUCCGCGCGGGGCAUCCUGCAGGGGCACGACCUGCUCCUGCGCUCAGCCCUGCGCAGGCUGGCUCUGCGGGGCAGCGCCGUGGCCACGCUGGCCCAGAUGCGGCUGUCGGGGAAGAAGGGCCUCCUGCAGGAGCUGCGGGAGCAGCAGGCCCUGGAGCGCGGCUCCUCCCCGUGCCUGGAGGAGCAUCAGUGGCAGCUGCUCAGAGCCCUGGAGGCACGCGUGCUGGAGGAGACCCGCAGGCUGGAGGAGGAGGCGCAGCAGACGCGGCUGCAGCUCCAGCAGCAGCUCCUGGCCGAGGCCCAGGAGCUAGGGCAGCGCCUGCAACAGCACACGGAGCGAGCCCUCGGGCAGGCGCUGCUGGGGCACGCGAGGGCCUCGGCCACCAGGAGCCGGGCCAAGGACCGGGAGGACUUCAAGAGGACGCUGCUGGAGGCGGCUGUGGAGAGCGUGUACGUGACCAGCGCGGGCGUCAGCCGGCUCGUGCAGACGUAUUACCAGCAGGUCCGGCGGGUCCUGCAGGAGCACGAGGACCGCAGACUGGAGCAUCUGAGGACCCUGCAGGGAGACAGGAGGGACAACUACAAGCUGCAGAAAAAGCAAGAACUGGGCGACCCUUCGCCAGGGGCCACGGGCGCGGAUGGAACCCAGGAAGCACCCCACGGUGUCUACCAGAGGAUGCGGGCACAGCAGAAAAAGUUCCUGGCCCAGUUCACGGUCCACCAGCGCAUCCGCCUGGACACUUGGCAGCAGAAGGCGAGAGUCCUGGACCUUCUGGAAACCCAGCUGGAGACCCAGUUACAGGACGCGGAGCAGAGCUUCAUGUCUGAGCUGGCGGCCUUGGCCCGGGUGCCCCUUGCCGAAAGCAAACCAUUUCCGAGUAAGCGCGGGCCGUCAGAGAAGCCCCUAAAGACCAAAAGGAAGAAGCCCCCGCUCCGGGAAAGAGGGGACGCCGGGGGGCCCAACCACGAGGACCCUGCCUCUGGGGAACACCCCUCAGGAUCGCUCAGCAAAAGGCUGAGCCAGCAGGAAGGCGAUGUUGGCGACGGUGAGAAUCCCAAGAAGAUGCUAAAGAAAAGGAGCCAAUUGUAGUGUAAAGCCGAUCACUGGGGACGCUGGGGACGGAACCUGCAGACCUGGCCUGAGGGCGCCUGCU